CAGAGAGAAUUUGUUGUUAGUCACGUGAUGUAGAAAGUGAAAGUACAGUAUUCCCGUUACAGACAUGGAGGCUGCUGUACUGCUCUGGUUUCAUCUGCUGCUGUCGGUGAUCUUCUGUAACGGUUUCCAUGUCCAGGGUCCAUCUGGUCCUCUCACUGUCCAGCUGGGAGACUCAGUGAUGUUGCCCUGUUUUGUAGAAACUCCUCUACCAAUGGAAGAACUGGAAGUGGAGUGGAAAAUAAUUGACCCUGAAUCUCUAGUGCACUUGUGGCAGAAUGGAGAAAGUCGACCAGAGUCUCAGAACCAGCGUUAUCAUGAAAGAGCUCAUUUCUUCUCUGAGGAGGUUGCUCAUGGAAACUUCUCUCUACUGCUUACAAAUGUGACUCGGGAAGAUGCAGGAGUUUAUAAGUGUGUCGUUCACACAAACCAGCACUCUGAUGAAACUCUGAUUGAAAUAAUGGAGACUGAGCGCUUGAUUGUGUCUGGAGGCCACGUUAUAUCUGCGUAUGCGGGUGAAGAAAUCACUCUGAACUGCUCUGUAGACUCACAUAUACCAUCAGAAAAGAUAGAAGAGGUUUCAUGGAAGAAACAGGAUGAAGAUCUCUUACUGCUGCUCUAUCAGGAGGGUGACAUUCUGACAGGAUCAACACAUGGGAGAUUUAAGGGCAGAGUAGAAUUCUUCAGCACUGAAGACAGAAACAAAGGAAACUUCUCAAUGAGACUGAAGGAUGUUCGAUUUGAGGACAAAGGACUGUACAUCUGUUCAGCGAUUUCUGGGACAUUAUCAGAUAAAACAACAGUGGAGGUGCAGCAGCUCGGUUUUUCCUCUAAGCAUAUAUGGAUUUUUGUUUUGUGUGUACUUGGGUUUGUAUUUGGACUUAUCCUAGGAAUCCUCUCUUAUACAGCUUUCCAUAAGAAAGAUAGAGCCCAUGUUAUACAGUGUGCAUUUGUCCUUUGUCCUAAUAUCAUUAUGUUCAUUGUCUUCAUCCUUUGGGGUGUUACUGAGGGGUCUAUUAAUGAAGCAGCAACUUGUUCAGCACUUAAUUUUGUUAGGAUCCUUUUCCUAUUUUGGAUUGCUGACCAUCUGAAACUAUUUAAAGGUUUCCGUGUCCAGGGUCCAUCUGGUUCUCCCACUGUCCAGCUGGGAGACUCAGUGAUGUUGCCCUGUUUUGUAGAAACUCCUCUACCAGUGGAAGAACUGAAAGUGGAGUGGAAAAGAAUUGACUCCGGAUCUCUAGUGCACUUGUGGCAGAAUGGAGAAAGUCAACCAGAGUCUCAGAACCAGCGUUAUCAUGAAAGAGCUCAUUUCUUCUCUGAGAAGGUUGCUCAUGGAAACUUCUCUCUACUGCUUACAAAUGUAACUCGGGAAGAUGCAGGAGUUUAUAAGUGUGUCGUUCACACAAACCAGCACUCUAAUGAAACUCUGAUUGAAAUAAUAGAGUUUGGUUAUGUCCACAAAGUAUAUAAACGUUUGGCAGUUCUACUACAAUAUGCUGUGAUAUCUUUUGUCGCUUAUUUUCCUGUUAUUACCAGGUUCUGGCAUACAGAACGCACCUCAGGGAAAACGUUCAUUCUGAUAUUUUGUUUACUGUGGUUCAUUCUGAUUUUUCGGCAUGUUAUUGCAGUAGUUACAGAGAAUCCUUGGAAUAAGUGCACUGGAAAAAUGGCACUAUCUUGUGAUUCCAGAUAUUUGGAAUGCAGAAAAAAUAAUCCCCGAAAAGUACCAUCUAGGAGUUACAUAAGUACAGAAUUCAGCAAUCUCCUACAAAUAUAUGUCAUUGCUGUUAUAUAUGGAGUCCAUAUUAAAGAAAACAUCUGUUUUGUUUUAUUUCCGCUCUUGCCAUGUAGUGUUUUUGGCCUCCUUGUUAUGUGCAAAAGGCAGAAUUUUUUACUCAAUGUAUUAGUGAUGAUGAUCCUGGAGAGUGUAAGUGCAGCAGGGUCGAUCUACUUUCAUUAUAACUUUGUGACUAAUGUGAAAGAGCGUGAUGCUUUGACUUGUCUGAAUGUGCUCCUCUACAUCUUGACUGUGAUGACAUUGUUUAACAGCCUAAAGCAAUUAUCAGUUACCAGAUGUCCAGAAUUCAAAAGCUUUGUGACACAAACCGUUACCAGAUGUCCAGAAUGCAAAAUCGUUGUGACACAAACCGUUACCAGAUGUCCAGAAUUCAAAAGCGUUGCGACACAAACCGAAUCUGACACCAAUAACACUGAGACACACCAACUUACCAGAUGUCCAGAAUGCAAAAUCAUUGUGACACAUACCGUUACCAGAUGUCCAGAAUUCAAAAGCGUUGCGACACAAACCGAAUCUGACACCAAUAACACUGAGACACACCAACCUGUAUGGAGUGUGGUUGUGUUCCUGAUUGGUUCAGUGCUGGUUGUUUUAGUGAACGCUGCUGCGUUAUCAGUGGAGCUGAUCCUAAAAGCACGAACUGGUCAGCGUACAGUGGAUCUGCGAGUUAUUGUAAUACUUACUGAAUGCGUCUUUGCCUUGUUCUUGCUCGCUGUACAGAUAACUUUUUACUGUAUCAGUGAAUUGAGAGAGGAUAUAAAGAAUCUGCAAGACUGUUGUAGGUGUAAAAAGCGGGACUCAAACUCACAUCAACCCGAUAAUGAACGUGAACCUGAAAAUCAACAGAAUACUGAAUCUGAGCUCCAGGGCCUCAGCAGCACCUGAGUGAAUAACAUCCCCACAGCACCCUCUAGUGGAAGUCUGUGGAACCGCGAGCAUAAAAAAGUUCCUAACGGUUAAAUCUUCCACCACCAGCUGUUUUAAUAUACUUAUUCAGGGGUCACGUGAUCUCAUUGGGUUUUGUUUUUUUUGCUUUAAUCAUUGUGCAUUAAAUGUUCUGACCUGCUGAGACGCCAAUUCCAAGUCCACAAACCUUCUCAGUGUAAAAUGAUGGAUUUUCCAGACUUUCCAGAUCGAUCGCUUCAGAUCGUUUCUCUAAAGUCAUGGCCGGGUUCUUAUAUUUUGGACAUGAUAUAGACCUGAAUGCUCUAGAAAAAUGCUCAAACCGCCAAAAGGUCUGCUUUUAGCGACAUACUGAUGAUGAACAAACCCUCUGUAAACACACUUUCACUGAUUGUAGAUUGUAAUGUGUCUGUAUUUUGAUGUAUAUACUGAGAUCUGGUGUGGUAUUCGUUUUGUUUAUAGAUGACGGGGGG